AUGAGCCCUCGCUCCUCCGACUCCAAUGCUACCUCAUCCAAGCAAAAGAAGAAGCAGGUCGAAUCCUCCCCUCCCGCACCCCCUCCUUGCAUAGAUCAACCUUCUCAGCCUUCCACCCCAGCCCUGCCUCCAACUGUCGCUCCUCCCGCAGUAUCCGCAUCCGCACACCGCUCACCGCGUGUCUUUGUAGCCUCCGCCCUCAAGCCCGUGUCCGCCAUCGAUACCGUCACAUCCACCAUCUCGGCCAUCUCCCACCACGCAAACCGCGGCAUCUCCAGCCUCAUUGCUGCCCACUCCACCGCCACUCACGACGCCACAUCCCCCCAACUCGCCGCAUCAUCCACUACAACCUCCACUCCCCUCCGCACAGACGGCUCCGUAUCGCCCAUCUACGACGCCUUUCACAAUGCCGGAACCCCCGUAGACCCAGCACGCGUACAGGCUGCACUCAGCCACGUCCAUCCCGACCACACCGCAUCCCGCAAGCCCGCACCUGCCCUACUCUGGUCGCGUUGGGAUCGCUUGCCGCAUCCCCACCAUCCCCACGCUUGGCUGCCUCUCCUCAUCUCUUACUUUGACGACGGCUGCCUCCAGGCGCUCCUCGUUCAGGACCGUAACAUCUCCGAGCUGCUCUGCAUCCCGCAGGCAGCCCAAGCACUCCUCCCGCCUCACUCGCUCCAGCCAUCCGCAAACGCACACCUCCUCACCGCUUUCGUCCGCCAUCCGCUCCCAGACUCCACAGACAUCCAGCUUUUCUUCGUCCUCCAGCACCAAAGCGGCUCAACCCACUUGCUCGCCUACUCGCUCGACACCCACCAGGUUCAAGCCUCUGUACACCUCCAGCAUCACUUCUCCCCCUCAUCCGACCAGCCAGCCACUACUCUCGACCGCGUCGACGCGCAGAUCACCCACCGCUACCUCGUCCUCUCCUUUGCUUCGCCGCCUUCAGUCCAUGUUCUCUCGGCCGCCACACUCGAAUACCUUCAGCCUCCUCUGCUCGACGCCGCUUCUCCCGCCCAAGGUCGUCCCACGCCCAUCUCCCUGUCGGAUCGCCUGCUUGCAUAUGCAUGCACAACACCCCAGCACCUCUCGCCUGUCCGUUUCGAUGCACGCAAGACCUCCAAUGCUUCCUUCCAAGAUACAUCGCGAUCGUACGUAGCUCCUCAACCGCACGCAUCCGCACGCGUCGGCGAGAUGCGCGACAACCUCUUCGACACCUCGGCACACGUCGGCGAUGCCGCUCGCCGCAUCCGUGGCGGCGUCAUGAGCGGCGUUCGCACCCUCGGCGAGUGGGGCAGCUCCUACUGGCCCAACCCGGGCAGUUCGCCCAACAACGCCGCCUUCUCGCCCUCCCAGCCCAGUCUGCUCUCCCAAUCGGCUCCUCACAACCCUCACCCACCUCGUCCCGCUUCCUCGGCCUCCAGCUCGCCCAGCCUGCCUGCCGUAGACUCCGCCCGUGCCAACAAGCGCCUCUCGUCCGGCUCCACCGUCGCCCCGCUCACAAAGUCGGAGGUUAACGCACAAGCUUCAGCUUCCAAUCCCAACAAUGCAUGCGUCCGCAUCCUGGACCUUGGCUCCGACGCGCGCACCGUCUGCGCUUUUGCUCCCUCCACCAAUGCAGUCGCCCUGGUCGCAUUUAGCCCCUGCGGCCGCAUGAUCCUCACCGCCGACGUGCUUGGACACGCCUUCAACGUAUUCGAACUGCCGCUCGUCGGUGCAUUUGCAAGCGGCUCCCAGCCCUCGGCUUCCACGCUCCUCCACCGCUACAAGCUCCUGCGCGGCAUCACCCUCGCAGACGUAGUCCGCGCAGAGUGGAGCCCUGACGCUCAGUGGAUCGCCAUCGGCACUCGAAGCGGCUCAGUACACGUCUUUGCCGUCAAUCCCUUCGGCGGCGAGCCUUCGAUCGCCAAUCACGUUCUCGGCAAGAUUCGCAACCCGCGCACUCUCCAGCCCUUUGGCAUCUCGCUUCACAGCGCAGCGCGCUCCGUCCGUCCGCACCCAUCAGCCCACCAAGACGCCGCGGCUCAACCUUCAGCUGCGACGAAAAUGGAUGCCGGCUUGGCUACGCAAGCUCUGGCCACGCCCAAGUAUUGCUCGCCAUCGUUUAUCAUGAUCAACGUCGGCUCGUCAUCGAGCGCCGAGUCGGGGGCCGACGCCAGCACGCCUUUUGAGCUGCUCACCAACGAUCCACGCUCUCACACCAUCACCCAACACGCACUCCGCUGCUGGAGUUCCCAGUCUCGCACCCGCGUUGCCGUCGGCAACGACGAGCCCAUGUACAGCGUCAGUCUCGAGGCCAAGCGGCGCUUUGCCUCUUCCACCUCGCCACGCUCCUCGGGCCUCACCCACAUGAUGAGAAAGGCCGGAGAGGGCCUGCUCAGCGCACAGAACAACCCACGCCUUCAGGCCGAGUGCGUUCGUGUUGCCCUGUGGGACCACCUCCUUCCCGACACAGACGCCGUGAUCAAACACAGCUUGACCGCGCUCUUUGACCACAGAGAAAUUCGCCCCAAGGAUCGAUCUGACGACAUCGCCCGCACACGAUCUUCCUCCAUUGCCAAGGCCGAGAUCGAAACGUACAGCCAGUCGCCCGCCAUGCUGCCCAGCUCCAUCUAUCUCUCUCGCCAGACCUUCUUCCACACGCGCAUGCCCGUCGCCGGCAAGCUGGCGGCUGCAGCAGCAUCGACUCCGGAAGCAACGCUGCGCUGCAUUCCCAGACGAGCAUCACGGCCGAUCCAGGUGCGCCGCACCGCUCGCAUCGUCUCGCGCGAGCCGUCGUCCGAGGCGCCGAGCUCCUUCGGCGACAGCCUGUCGGGCGCGUUGGACCAGAUGUCGUUCGACCCGGACAACCUGCCUGCCAGAAGCGCCUCUUCCCACAUCCCCAGCUUUCCGCAGGGCCAGCGAGGUCGCUCCUCGGGCUGGACCGCCGGCAGCUCCAUCCCCAUCCGCAUCGUUGCUGGCGGCCUGGGUGGCAUCUACCGGGCUGGCAAGGAGCUUGGUCGCGGCGUCGAGAUGGCACGCCGACGCACCAGUGGAGCUUCUCGCACCGCCGUCUCUGACGUUGACGCGCACUAUGCUGCCGAUGCUGGCCCAUCAGUCUCGUUUGACGGCGAGGAUGACGUUGACCUGUUGGGCGAAGACGAAGGAUUGGGCGCUUCGCGCAAGCGACACUACGCGGCGCGGGGCAGUGUCGAGGCUCACUUGGACGCAGCCUCGAUGCCGUCGCAGGCAUCACUCAUGUCGACGCUCAGGAAUGAUGGACAGCUGCGCGGCUCCCAGCCUAGCUCGGCCGAGACGCCCUCGACACGAUUCAGUGAGGCCGAUGAUGCGGGUGCCGACGGCGGUUCAGGCAGUGCGGACGACUGCGACUGGGAUGCCAUCGAGGCGAGCCGUAGCCCUGCCGCGAUGCACGCCUCUCUCUCCGGCCAGAGUGGCGGCGCGGCUCCGAGCAUCCCCGGCGGUCUCGAGCCCGAUAGCCUCGAGGACGACUUUACUGUCGGCAGGCUCGACGAGGACUCGGGACAGAGCACGGUCACCCAGUCGCUCUCAAACAUCUCGGCAUUGUCAGCCGGGGCGGCGAGCAAGGCUGUGCCGCCCAAGGAGCUGGUGUACGCUCUUCCAGCCAACACGUCGACGCGCUCGAGCCUGCUCGGUCAGAGCACUGGCCUUGCCGGCGCAUUCGAGGCUCGAGGCGAAUCCAAGGAUGCUCGACUGGGCGUGCGCGAUGCCAGCCCGUCUCACUCGGAUGGUGGCGCUGACAGCGGCAGCCAGAUGAGUGCCGCUUCGGGUCUCCUGUGCGAAGGCAGUAAAGAGACAUUUACGCCCGAGACCGCAUCGAUCAAGAUUGCGGAAGAACCCAGCCCGGUGCAGGCCGUGGCAGUGCCCAAGAUCAGCACGUCCGGUGGCGGAAAGAAGAAGAAGAAGAAGUCGGGCCGCUGA